ACCUCUCACUUGUGUGAGCUGUGACGUCAAAGAAAAAAAAAAGAGGCACCAGCGAAGGGAGGCCCGAGCAGUGGGAGGAGAACAUAUAGGAGAUGAUAGGGUGGGGCGACGUGUACAAGGUGGUGGCGGCCAUGGCGCCGCUCUACUUCGCGCUGGGUCUCGGCUACGGCUCGGUGCGGUGGUGGAAGCUGUUCACGCCGGACCAGUGCGACGCCGUGAACCGCCUCGUGGCCUACUUCUCCGUGCCCUUCUUCGCCUUCGACUUCGCCGCGCGCAUCGACCCCUUCGCGCUCAGCUACCGCGUCCUGGCCGCCGACGCGCUGGCCAAGCUCGCCGUCGUGGUCUCCCUCGCCGCCUGGGCCGCCGCGUGCGCGUCCGCUCGCCGCGGCGGCGGCGACGGCAAGGGCAACAAGGACCGAGCCUUCUCGUGGUGCAUCACGGGGUUCUCGCUGGCCGCGCUCAACAACACGCUCGUCGUGGGCGUGCCGCUGCUGGACGCCAUGUACGGCAAGUGGGCACGCGACCUCAUCGUGCAGAUCUCCGUGGUGCAGAUCAUCGUGUACUUCCCGCUCCUGCUGCUGACGUUCGAGGCCAGGCGCGCGUGGGGCGCCGGGAAGCGGCCGGCCGCGGAGGAGGAAGGUGCAGGCGGCGACGUGGAGGAAAGCGGCGGCGAGACGGCGGCGCGGUCGUUCUGGCCGCUGGUUAGGGCCGUCUGGAUGAAGGUGGCGAAGAACCCGAACGUCUACGCGGGCGUCCUCGGCGUCGCGUGGGCGUGCGUCACCAACAGGUGGCACAUCGAGACGCCGAGCAUCAUCGAGGGCUCCGUGCUCGUCAUGUCAAAGACCGGCGUUGGCCUCGCCAUGUUUAGCAUGGGACUGUUCAUGGCGCUGCAGGAGAAGAUCAUCGUCUGCGGCGCCGGGCCGACUUUCCUCGGCAUGGCGCUGCGGUUCGUGGCCGGGCCGGCGGCCACCGCGGCCGGAGCCCUCGCCAUGGGCCUCCGCGGCGACGUCCUGCGUCUCGCUAUCAUACAGGCUGCGCUUCCCCAGGCCAUCACCACGUUCGUGUUCGCCAAGGAGUACAGCCUGCACGCGGACGUGCUCAGCACUGCGGUCAUCUUCGGGACGCUGGCGUCGUUGCCCGUGUUGAUCGUGUACUACAUUGUUCUAGGUCUGAUACGGUGCUAGUCCUCAGGCAGCUAGAGUUACCUUUUUCAGUGGAUGUACCUACUAGCAGAGUCGCCACUUGUACCCUUGAUCUUCAGUAGGCAUCUAGAUUAGCUGCUUAUUAAGCUUGUGGCAUUGCUCUUAUGUACCUGUAACCACUGUGGCUUAUCUGAUGAGGACAUCAGCAAUAGUGACCAUCUCACAACUGCAGGUGCAGCAUAGUUAAAUAAUUAAUUUCUGAGCACUGCAGAACGUUCUCCUUUUUCUGAACAAUAAA